CAUAGGAUAGUAUUCGAACAAUACAACACGAUCAUUAUGUGUUUGUCUGUAAAUGAAUUGCAUAGAGUUGGCGGGAAAAAAUUAAAAUAGUUAAGAUGAUGAUGAUGAAAAAAAGAGCCGAAAAAACCAGUUCCCAAAAAAAAUUGAUCUUGUUGAGAGAAAAGAACAGGAUCCGGCGAUCUCUUGAUUAUAACCUCUUUUGGAUCUCUAUCUGCAUUGUUCAUAAGCACCAUCAAUUCAAGAUUUUUCUUUUCUUUUAUUACUACAAAGAAAUUUAUAAAUAUGAUUGUUAUCUUACCAGCAAGUCAACCGUGGAAAAUAUUUUUUUUUCACUUUGAAAUUCUUAGAAAAUGUUUUUGGAGCUUGAUUGUGUGUGUGUGUUUGUGAGAUAUGAUCAUUUCUGAAUAAAAUUCUUUUCGUGAUCAAUGUAACAAUGAACCAACAGCAACAACAACAAACGACUGACUGGAACAAAAAUGUUGCCCUCAUAAUUCUCAGUCCCAUCAUAGACAUCAAUGAUUCGUCAUUGAUAACCGACAUUGAUCAUGAUGAUGAUUAUUUUGAUUAUCGAAUAUAUCUUCAACAUUUAGAACGUCAUGAAAAAAUUUCACCUGAUAUAUCAUACGAUAAAUUACCAAGAAUGAAUCUUUCAGAUGAUGAUUUUCAUCGUGAUUGGAUCGCUUCGAUCGAUUGGCUACGUCGAGAUCCAUCAGUGGAAAAGGUUAAAUUUCAAAAUGUGCCUAUGAUUCAUGAUAGAUCAACUGUAUGUGGUGAUUAUGGUGAAUAUCAUCAAGAUGUAUUGCUUGCUCUUCGCAUUUGUGCUUUAAGAUGUUUAUUCAACGAAAUUGGUAUCUUACCAAACCAUUGUAAUUUUGAUAAAUUUGAUGAUUGGCUCGAUAAAUGUCGUAAAGAUUGGCAAAUUUUUCGUAGAUUAUAUACAGCCAACAAUUCGUUACAAAUCAACUUUGAUGAAAUUGAAUUGUACGAAUGGUGGAAUUGGUUGACACCAACUUCUGUUGGCCGUUCUCCACGUUAUGAUACAUUAUACUAUCUGGUCAUAUUGAAAGAAUCUUUUCAAAAAAUUCAAACACUGUCUAGACAUGGUCAUUGGAUUUCACUUGAUCAAAUACCAUCAUUGAUAUUACCUCCCAAUGAUUGUUAUGAACUAACUUGCUUAUCUAGAUUUCAUCAAAUUAAUCAAUUGAAGCUCUACAUGCGGCUAGAAUAUCCACGAAUUCCAAUUAAACGAUGGAUUCCAUUCAUAGAGUUUUAUCAGGAUGGUUGCAUUUCAUAUUUACCAGGUGAUCAAUUCUAUCCGAAUCAUGUACCAAUCAUUCCAAUUGCACCACCGAAUUUCAACACAAACAUCACAAUGAUUCAACGAAGAUCAUUAUCUAUGAAUCGUAUUGAACAUCAUGGAUUAAAAUAUCAAAUAGUCGUUUCAGGAGCUAAAAUAAGUGAUCAUUAUCAUCACAUUCCGUAUACGAAAAUUUCAAAUGUAAUAUCAAAACUGUAGCAAAAUUU